CGACAACGAGCGGUAUUUGAAAUCGCAUCCGGAACUGGACGUAAUGGUUGGGGACUUUUUAGGAAAUGUGCUUCUUAAAAGGCCCACUGACAUCCAUGAGUUUGCUGCAGGGUACGGACAUCAGUACGAGAAAUACGAGAGACAAAGACUACUUCUCCAACCCGAAUCUUCCAGUGGUUAUUGCCUCCAAAAUGAAAGGAAACAUGGAAUGAAACAAAGCCAACAGCAACACAAGGGGGAAGCCUUUGUUAAAAAAUAACUUGGACACGUGUAUUAAUUAAUUACAUUCGUUUCAGGCACUAAUUGUUCAGUUUAUAACUUUAUUGUCUUAGAUGCAAGAUACUAACGAUUAUUCCUAAUGAGUGUGAUUUUUAUUGCCUUUUAUUGUCGUAAUACUUGAAGAACAGUGAACAUAAAGCUUGUUCUAUGUGGUGAAAAGGAUCUUCCAUUGUUAUUUUUUGACUAGAUAUUUGAUUGGCAUAAUAAUAAUAAUUAUAUUAUAAUACGGCUCUUUGGUGUGUUGAUUUCAUCAGCCCAUCCGUCUGUCCUUGCUCUUCAUUCAGAUUAAUUCAGUAGUGAUCAUAGGGUGAUUGGAAUGACGUCACACACACACACACACACACGCGCGCGGUGUGUUUAAAUACGAUGCACCUAUUUUGACUGUGUUGACUCCGGGUAAUCACCUCAGCUGUGAGGGAGCAUCAAAGGAACAACACGCACAUCUUCACAUCUCUGCUUUAAAUUGCAUUGUUUGAAGAAUCUACCUGGUGGCGCACGCAGUUCACGUAAGUAAAAACAUAUUUAGACAUAAAUCAAUGCUUUUUUGUGUUUCCCUUUUCAGUCUAUGUGUUGAAAAUUGUAGUUAUGUCAUUUUGUCGAACCCCUUACGUUGCUUAAAUACACAUGUAUGAAUGUGUUUUUGUGUUUCUAAUAAUGUUUUUUUUGUAUUAAAACCUUAUUAAUCACAUGUUAUUUCUACACUUCCAUUUCUCAAUGGAGAGCAAACAAAUUGAGUGAAAGCAAAGAAACAUGCAAAUGUUGAGGCAUCUCUGUUAUGCGAGAGGCAAUGUCGAAUUCAAAGUUUGUGUUUAUGUAAAAGUGACGGAGGAAGCAGCACAUCGUGUACCUCCAGACAUGUUGUUCACGGCAUGUUAUGUUCUAAACUCCGUGGAGCUGGAUGGGUAACAAGGGAGGUAACUAUCACACCCCCCCCCCCAGAGGAAGAAGCAUAAAACUGGAGGUAGAUUGCACGGAGACCGGCUCCAUAACAACUAGACCUCAUAACAAAACGUAAUAACUUUCCGUUAUGUUACAGAAAGGUACAGCAUUACAAAGGCAAAGUACGCGGGUCAAAUGACUUCUUUUAACUCAUCUUCAACAGACAGACUUUCCCACAUGGCCCCAAAAGGAGGAACGUUUUCCUUUCUGCUCGUUGUGGGCUGUUCGGCCUUUGCUGCACCACCAGACGGGAUGCCUCGAAAUAAAUGUGACUUCAAAGGCGUUGCAGAGAAAAUGAUGAAGAAGUGCCAGACUAAGGGGUACCCCGAGCCUGAGAUGAUGCAGCUGGGAACCUUCUUCAAUAACACUGACUUUCUUAUGGCAGCGAGAAACUCUGAGCAAUCUGGCAGCUUCAUGUCCACUUUCCUCAAUGUCCUGUAUUCUGUUACUCCUGACGGGGUCAACGAAAGGAAAAACAAGACGUGGAAUUUCAGGAAUCUUGCCAGCAUGCUCCGGCUGAUGGAGAACUCCUCUGAGGCCUCCGCGUGUUACAUGCAGGCCUUUGUGGCGCCUCUGUGCUGGAAGAUUUUGACCACACAGAACGACGACAACAUGACGGCAGACGAGUAUGACGCGCUGCUCCGGGCUGCCAAACCUGCUCUGCAGAAUAUGCUUUUUACUGGAAUGGACCUUCCCACUGAUAUAGGAAGAGGCCGAAACCUGGAAAAGAUAAUGGAGAUGCUGAUGGAGGUGUAUGAUGCCAUGUCUGAAGACCAAAGGACUCAGGUGGUGAGAUGGGUGAAGGAGCAGAUCACACAGAAGUACUUCAACUGUACAACCAGGCCUCCGUCUGAGCCGAGAUCAAUGCUGAUGGAGAGCUGCGAACUUUCACUGAAAUGGCUUAACUCGGAGGCGUUGACCAUGAUGGGACCUUUCGUCUCCUGUUUAGCGACUGAAGACGUCAAUUCUUCUCCCAACAAACAGCUGUGUGGAUUUUUCCACUCAGCCCAGUUCCAAUCCACUAUGAGUAACAUCUCUAAUAUCAAUCCAAGCCUGGGCGAGACGUUUCUCCAAAGGUUUCAAGAGUGCUUCAGUGGAGAGCAGGAGUUUGCUGAGAAUGUGGACAAGCUCGGCAUACUGGCCUGUUAUUUCUCCCCUGCUGCAGACUUGACCCCCGACCUUAGCGGGAAGCUCCUCUCCGAGCUCAACAGCUGUGAUGAUUUCAGCAACCCCAAGAUUACAAAGCUGAAGAAGCGUCUGGUCAAGUCUGUGAUGUCCGAUACAAACGUCACCAAAGCACUGGGCAGGCUGGGCAGAAGUGUCGCCUUCCUGUCUCCCAAACAGCUGUCUGAGAUUCCCGACAAUCAACUCAAGGGAUUCCUCAAAAACAUGGGAGCCGACGUCCAAUGGACGAAGGGCCAGCAGCGCGCCGUGGUCGACAAGCUGCUCUGCAGCAAGUGUGUCGACGUGCCCAUUGAGGAGCUCGUGGACCUUCAGGCGUUUGUAGGUGGUUUGCCGGCCAGUGCGCUCAAGCGCGUCAAGAGCCUGCCGCCGUUUCAAGAGGGCCUGAAGAACUUGACCAUGCGGAUGAAGAAGGGGCAGCUGGUGGCCAUGCUGCAGGGGUUGCUCGGGGAAAUGGGCCUUUCGGAGCUGGUGCAGAAGUUGUCCGGUCCUUUGCUUCGCAGGCUUCCUCUAAGCAAACUGGAGGAAGCAGACGUCCUUUCCUUCCUCUCCUUGGACACAGUGAGCGAGAAAAUGUGGUCGAUGCCACAGGCGGCUUUCCUGGCAAAACAGAUGCAUGAACAAAAGAAGUUUCGAUGGAGGCCGUAUUCAUUCCUUCGGGGAGUCACCUGUGAGAUGAUCGACAAUGUAGCAGACAAGGAUAUGCAAGACAUGGCUGAGGCCAUGAACCAGACUUCACUGUUGCUCUCCAAAGGGCAGGCGGGAUGUGCAGCCAGAAAGCUCUUUGCCACGAAGGAGAAAGAGCGAGCCGACUAUUUCCAAACCAUCACUGAGGAGGAGAUGAACAAUAUUUCGACAUACCUACUUCUUCACCUGCCGCCACUGAAGCUGAGGAAUUUGCCCGCCUCUGUGUGCCCUGCCUUCCUCAACAAGAUGCAAGAGGCUGACCUGAGCUCGUUGCCUCCUCGUUCGCCGUCCCGCCCCGCACUGUCCCAGAGGGCCCUGCGCUGCCUGGUCCAGCGUCCAGGCGUGUCUGCACUGACAGGGGAAGAUGUGCGAAGGCUCGGCCCGCUUCUAUGUGAGCUUCAGCUUUCCCAGCUGCUCCUCGUGGCCCCAGAUGUCCUCAACUCCAGCCUCCUGCAGAUGGCUUCCUGCCAGCACAUUCCUCAAGGCCACACGGCAGAUGUGAUCCGGCUGGUCACGCAGACGUUCGGGGAUCCAUCGUAUUGGUCAGCUGAGACGAUGGAAGCAGUUGGUCCUCUUCUCCUUCUGGAUGACGACGCCACGUCCGCCCUGCCCUACAAGUCGUGGAUGAAGGACGUUCUGUAUUCCCUGAAGUCGGGCAUGCACCACCCCUCCAAUGCCCUUAGAAGAAAACUAUUUGAUCUCAUCACCACCACCACCAACACGUCAAAUGCAGGAGUCACCAGUAGUGAUGGUAAAGAAAUAACCGUGGACCUGAUUGAAGAACUGGGAAUGGACAACGUCUACUGGACAUACACACAGCUGGCUCUGAUGUCAAAUGAAACCUUCCUCGAUGCUUUAGAAACACUCGGGGCCGUCUCUGACUACAAGUCGGACCAACUGGCCGUGCUUAGUAGAAGAGUGACUGAGCAGGCUUUUGGCCCCGUGUCACAGAUGACGGAGAGCGUGGUGAUGCAGAUGGGAUGCAUAACUCGGGGCUUCUCCAAUGCGGACCUGCAGAAGCUCCCCUUCUCGCUGGACGCUCUGGAGGAAAUUGCUAAAUGUGGCUGGAAUGAUUCACAGAUGGAGCCGGUGUGGAGGGGGGUUUCUGCAUACAACAACCUGACGGCGCAGCGUCUGGGCGCUGCAGAGAUGGUCGCUCUGAGCCAGUUCAUCUGUGGCCUGAGCUCCACGGAGCUCCAACAGCUCAGCGUGGACGCCUUCAAGGACGCUGUGGGCUCAAUGGAUGGUGUUCAAUGCUCCUCUGAGGUCACACAGCAGAUGAGAAGUGUUGCUGUGUCAGCCUUUGGAAACCCAAACACCUGGACGGAAGCACAGGUGUCGGAGCUGGGCAACAUCAUUGCUGGGUUGGAUUCAACCGAGUUGUCUUCUUUAGACCCGGCUGUCUUCUCUUUUAUCAGCAAGUCCUGCGUCCCGCUCUUACAACAUUUACACGCACUCUCUGCGGUUCAGGUUGAGGCUCUCGGACCCGACAACGCUGCCAUGGUUACCAGUGAACAGCGAGCCGCGCUGAGUGACGAGCAGCUGGCCGCUCUUGAAAGGGCAGUGACGGGGUCACCUGAGCAAACACAGAGAUCCGGCCAGUCAGGUACUCCAUCGCUGAAUGUUGAGGCAAUCUCGGCUUUCGUGAAGCCCUUCCUGUUACUCCUCACGGCGUUCCUGCUGCUGUGAGAAAAACUCACAGGUGCUUUAUAAUCACACACCCAGCCGGGUUAACAUUAGGUACACUUGUGACAUGUAAUGCAGACAUGUUUCUCAUAGAGAAGCAGAAGCAGAGAAACGGGCCUAUUAUUCCCACAUGACCUAUGACCUGAUAAACUGUGUAAGGAAUCGCUAGAACUGCUUUUAAAUAUUCUGUCAACAGCAUGAAGAGGAACAUUUGUCUAUGUGGUAUAUCUUUAUUUUACAGUGUGCUGACAAAAAGGAAAGAAAUGAAAAUGACAUGUGAUCAAAGUCAAUAAAGAAUAUUCAUAUACGUAUUUGGUUACUGUUGAAAUGGUAUUUGAUCUAAGGCAAAAACAUAAAUAAGUGCUACUUAAUGACACGUCCCUGUAUCCUCCGGUACGUGAGUACGGUAUUUCAAACUCUCACCUCUUACUCUCAGAUCUAUUUAAGUCAAGCAAUCGUUUUUUUGUAACUGUUAAAUUAAACGGAUUUCCCAUCCUUCUUUGUUCACAUGUCAGCAAGGCAAAAAAAUAAAAAACCUGCUGCUCAGUGAGUCGUGCUGCCACGUCUGAUUUGUUUUUUCAAUACAAAAACAAAUGACAUUUUCAAGGACUGACAUGGUCGUUGAUCUGAUGUUUACGCUGUACCAUUCAUUCAGUUUUACUCCAUUAACUAGUAAUUAUUUUAGAUUAUUGCUGAGCAUUUUCCAAAGCAAAAUAUUGAAAUUGUAUACUUUUAUUGGUAGAUUUUUAUUUCAUUAAAAUAUAAAUAUACGUAGGCUUCAAACCUGCUGAGACAUGUUAUCAACACAAGAACAUAAUUAAUGGGUUCACAUUUUUUUUUUUUCAAUUUAGCCUCAAGACAUUACCGACAUCACACUAAAUGCAUUGAAAGUCUUUGGUCACCGUGACAAUGGCAGUGUGGACGUUCCUUCACAGUAUAGAUGUACUACAGGGGAGAAAAUCCAACGAUAAUUCCAUUGAAAAAUAUAUACUUCAAAAUAUACUUUCAGCCGUAUGAGUUUGAUUAAAUCAAGCAGGUCCGAAAUUUGUAUUUUUGUUGCAAAAUAUAAUCUUUGCAUCGAUGCCAGAGUUGGGAAUCCUUAUGAAACAUUAUUAUACAUUUCUGAAAAUGGCCAUAAAAAAGGUCAACCUUCUAAACCGCUGCAAUGCUUAUUGUAGAAUAUAUAGAAAAACAAACACAAAGAAACAUACCUCGGUUGCCGUUCAUACGGCUCCUCGGUAGGAUGAAAAUAUUGAAAUCAGACACAAUACAUUGCAAACUAUCAACAGCCAAGAAAACAGUUAUCACAACUACAGUCGGAUCGUAACUCUCUAGGGCACAUUAGGGGACAGAAAAGUAGCCGUAAUCGUUUUACUCGUCACUACUGAGCACAGAAAUGCUGCUUCAGAUCCGGAGUGUCAAAGGUCACCGGUUAAAAAUCCCAUUUAAUGUUCACAUGAGAACUGUGUUGAAUCAGCUUCUUUGGGUGGAUUCUUAAAAAAAAAAA